GUGGUCGUCGUCGUCGUCGUUAUUGACGUCCUUGUGCUCCCUUCCGUCGUCGCAUCUCCCUUCCUAGGUCUUCUCGAAUAAAUCAGGCAAAAUGGCCGAAUACGACCUCACAAAAACGAUCAUCCCGUACCUCGAUAGGCACUUCGCCUUCCCUCUCCUUGCCCAUCUCGUCGAGACCGAAACGUUCCCAGUGGAGGAGGUUCAGGCAGCGCAGUAUGAGCUUGCGAAGGGGACAAAUAUGGUGGACUAUGCAGUUAAUCUGUAUGAACAGUUGCAGCCGGACAAGGAUAUUCCUGAAGAAUUUGCAACCAAACGCGAAAACGCCGUGUCGACGAACGAACGCCUACAACAAGAAGCUCAAGCCGUCCUCGACGUCAUCGAAAACCCGGACGUUGCUCAAGCCCUCCGCCAGGACAAGAACCAAAAUUUGCAAUACCUCAAGGACAAUUACAACCUCACCCUCGAACAGAUCACCGCGCUCUAUAACUUCGGUCAGUUUCAGUACACGUACGGUAACUACUCUGGCGCCGCCGACUACCUCUACCAUUUCCGCGUCCUUUCCACCGACCAGGACCUCAACACCUCCGCCCACUGGGGUAAGCUCGCGAGCGAUAUCUUGACGGGGAAGUGGGACGUUGCGCUGGAGGAACUGAAUACAUUGAGGGAGUCGAUCGACUCGAGGGCGGCGACCGCACCGUUGCUCGCUGCUGCAUCCAUCUCCGCCCCCGUCCCGAGUGGGACGACACCCGAGCCGGCACUGAUGGCUCUCCACUCGCGCACUUGGCUCACCCACUGGUCGCUCUUCGUCUACUUCAACCACCCGCAAGGUCGAACCCUCCUACUCGAAACCUUCCUCGCCCCCGCCUAUCUCAACACCAUCCAAUCCGCCGCACCCUGGAUUCUCCGCUACCUGUCCGUCGCUGCCGUCCUCUCGCGCAAGGCCCAGUCGCUUCCUGGCUCACAACAGUCCGGGAAGGUACGGCAUGCGAUCAAGGAGGUGGUGAAGAUUGUGCAGAUGGAGGAAUAUCAGUACAGCGACCCGAUCACGAGGUUUUUGAAAGAGCUGUAUGUUGAGUUCGACUUUGAGGCGGCGCAGAGGGAGUUGGUCGUUGCGGAGCAGGUCGUCGGGAACGAUUUCUUCUUGAGCGAGUUUAGGGAGGAGUUUUUGGACAAUGCGAGGUACUUGAUCUCGGAGGCGUACUGUAGGAUCCACCAGAGGAUCGAUAUCGGUGACCUCUCGGAGAGGCUGAACUUGUCGAAGGAUGAAGGUGAGAAAUGGAUCGUGAACCUUAUUCGCGAGACGAGGAUGGGCGCCGAUGCGAAGAUUGAUCUCGAGAAGAACGUCAUCGAGAUCAACCGCCCGCCUCUCCCCAUCUACCAGACCGUCAUCGAGAAAACCCGCGGCCUUUCCAUCCGUACACAAGCCCUCGGCGCCGCUAUGGCCAGGGCAGCACAGCCGCAGCCAGCAGUCGUAGAAGGGGCGCGAUAGUUUGCUCGUUUGCGUGCUACUUGAGCGAUUUAUUUGACGAGCGGGUAAGGCUCUCGCUGCGUAUAGUUAAGCUUUGGGGAGUAGUGUGGCGGAGGUGACGUGGGCAGAGGUUCGAGUGGCGGCAAGGGUCUGAGGCCGGCUGAACUGCCAGCAAUGGUCUGGGAUUCUAAAAAAAACGAGAUUGGUCUGGAGCGUGGACCGUUGUGUUGCGUCGAGAUUAGUGACGGGCUAGAUGUAGCGCUAUUGCUGGCGUUUGUAGCUAUUGUCUGUUGUCCGUGUUUUCCUUGUUGUUUUUUGGCGUGUACCCAAAUUUUCUUUUCC